AGAUGGGGGCCUAAAGUCGAAGACCUGGGCUAUAAAACCAAGUACCGCGCCUAUCUGUCCGAGCAGGUCCUGGACGGCUCCAAACCCGACACGCUUAUUCUGGCACACAUAGACGUGCUCAAGCCCCACGUGGCCUCAUGCGAGGCGGUGUCCAACUGGCAAGAGAGGUCUCAGGCGCCCCACGUGCGAAUCGUCAAGACAAUCUACCACCCGGGGGAGGUGAACAAGGUUCGAGAGAUCCCGCAGCACCCCGAGGUGGUGGUCACGCACACGGACUCCCCCCAGCUGUACGUAUGGAACAUGGACCAACAGCCCAACAGGCGGCCGCAGUCAGCGGGGCUGGCGGCGGCGGCGUCCUCCUCCUCCUCCUCCUCCGACGCCCCCUCCCGACCCGACCUGGUGCUGGUGGGCCACGAGGACGAUGCGCCCUUCCCCCUGGCCUGCAGCGCCGCCCAGCCGCGAGUGGGCAGCGGCGGUAACGACCAGCUGGUGCUGGUGUGGGACCUGAACGACCACGUGUCAUCCACUCUGGCUGGGAGAGGAGGAGGAGGAGGAGAAGGGACGUCCGGAAGGAAGGCAACGGAGCUAAAACGUGGGUCGCUCACUCCCCCGUCCUCCUCAAACCCGACGCCCUCCUUGCUACUCCUGGGCCCCCCUUUCCCCCCCCCAGCUCGGUGGCGAUUGGAGGGCCACACCGCCACCGUGGGAGACCUGGUGUUCCAGCCGGGGGGUAGCCAGGUGCUGGUCAGUGUGGCGGAUGACGGCCGCAUACUGACCUGGGACCUGAGGACUGGAGCUGGAGGGGGCAGAGGAGGGGGGGGAGGGGGGGACGGAGGGGCGACCGCGUGUGUUUUGGGUUUCGUGGGGGAGCUGGCGGAUGCGCACGGAGUCGGUGUCAAUGUGAUGUGCGUGGACUGGUGCCCCCUGGACGAGAACCUGCUGGUGACGGGUGAGUGCGACCACCUCUACCACUUCCAUGCGCACCGCACCACCCCCGCCUCCCCCGGCCAUCACCACCACCACCAGCAGCAGCAGUCGGAGGUCAUACACGUGGAGUGGCACCCCACAUGCAAGGAUGUGUUUGCGAGCGGGUCGGAGGACCACACCAUCGCCAUCUGGGACCUGUCGCCCAGCAGGGUGGAGGCGGAGGUCAACAAGGCGAAGGCGGCGGCGGCACUCAUCUUCCGCCACCUUGGGCACCGAUCCGGGCGAGUAACCGACUUCCAGUGGCUGCCCUCGGAGCCCUGGACCCUGAUCAGUGUGUCCGACAACAGCGAUGAUGACCACAACGACGGCACCCUGCAGGUGUGGCGCAUCAUGGACCUCAUCUACAGGCCCUAUGAGGAGGCCCUGGCGGAGCUGGACCAACACAGG